AUGGACAUCGCCGUGAUGCUGUACGUCCUCCAAGUACUCUGGACAGUCGGAGGAGGACUAUUCUCGCGAUCAAAGACCGCCCAGUUUGAAGUCCACGCUUUGCCAAACAGUCCCUCUCUACCCACCAGCUGGGCUGGUCAAUUACCAGUCCCAGGCACGAAGGAUGGCAAUGCGCUCUUUUUCUGGCUGUUCCAUACAGAAGACCCCGCUUACGACGACAAUCUGAUCAUUUGGUUUAAUGGCGGGCCGGGGUGUUCAUCCUUGAUAGGACUAGCCAACGGCAAUGGGCCGAUCUCCUUCGUCGGCAACUCAACCCAACUGAAGCGGAACCCUUAUUCAUGGACACGGCUCGGUCAUGUCCUGUACGUGGACCAGCCCGUGGGGACAGGCUUUUCGACUGCGAGCAUCCCUUACCCCGUGCGCGACAACGAGCGCACGACGGCGGAUUUUGCGCGGUGGCUGCAUUCGUUCUUCGCGUACUUUCCGCAUCUUCAAUCAAAGCAAAUCCACCUCAUCGGCGAGUCUUAUGCGGGCAUCUACAUACCUUACUUCGCAACCGCGCUUGUAGAAGGAGAAUAUGCGCUCCCGCCUCAUCUCCGCUCAAUGUCCCUCGGCGAUGGGUCCUGGGGCAAUGCGGCCGCCAUGUCAUCGGUAGCAAUGGGGGCAUAUAUGCGUUCACAGAACACUCUCCUCCAGAUCCCGCAAGAUGUUAUGAGGAUUUUUACAGACGCAGAUCAAACAUGCGGGUUUGAUGACGUGCUAGCAGAAGCAGCCGUCUAUCCUCCCAAGGGCAAGAUUCAUAUCCCCGGUAACCCGGAGAACUUCAAUUAUCGUCGCCAACAACGGGAGCAGCGGUAUGAAAGGACGCCAGCCUUAGAUGGCGAAUGCGACAUCCAGCCCUCCACUGCAGCCGAGGUUUACACCUCUAUCUUCAACUCGACCUGCUACGGGCCAUGCGCCACCUUCUCCACAGCAGUGGACUACCUCCUAGCCAGGGACACAGACAAACAAGCCUGUUUCGACGUCUACGACAUCCGCCACGACUGCAACACCGUCGACCCACUGCAUCUUCUAGAAGCAUACUUCAGCCGCGCGGAUGUACAAGCCGCCCUCCACGUCGAGAACAGCGGCACAUACAGUCCCUGUAACCCAACCAUCCUAAGCACCCUCCUCGAAGCGCCCUCACCAAUUCCACCGGACUACCAUCUCCUCCCAACCCUGGUAACAAAAUACAAUAUCUCUCUUCACCUUUAUUCGGGGGAAUGGGAUAUGCUGAUCAAUCACGUCGGCGCGGAACUCUCCAUCCAGAACAUGACAUGGCGCGGUGCGCAGGGUUUCUCGCAGAACCCGUCUCGACUGUUUUAUGGAGAUGAUGCUGCGCCGUCGUCAUCUUCUUCUGCUACGGCGAGAUCACCGAAGGCGACUUUCUCCAAAACUGUUAGAACCGAGGCCUUGGGAGACGUGGCGGGAACGUGGGCAGCUGAGCGAGGAGUGUCGUAUCAUCUCUUUCGGGGGGCAGGGCAUAGUGUCUUUGCCAAUAAGCCGCGAGAGAUGUUUGCUUAUGUGCGAGAUGUGGUGAUUCAAGGGAAGGCAGGUUGA